GAUUUUGAUAUAUUGUAGGCAGAAUCUGAUAUCGAGCAAGAUCCAGUUAAUUUCAGGAAUGAAACUUCUCUACCCAUUUUGUGUGUUGAGGAUGGGAUGGUGAUCUUAAAGUUUUCUGAAAUCUUCGGCAUCCAUGAACCUUUGAGGAAAACAGAGAGAAAGGACCAGCAUAGACAUUCUAUAAGUAAAGAUAGGGUCAAAGUUGCAGACUCUGUUGAUGUUGAAGAGGAUGAGGAGGUAUUUCUGAGGAGCUCUUGUCAUGAUUUCUCUAGGAUUAAAUAUCCUAUCUCAACUGUCAGCGAAGUGGAUGUUGAUAUUCACCAUGCAACCUCUGGUGUUGAAGAACAAAUGAAAGACUCGUGUCUUUUUGCACAACCAAUGAAGGAUGAUGAUUUUACGAUGGAUGUCUUUGCAUGCCAAUGGUCCUCUAGGAGUCCUAACGUCUAUCCUCUUGAUCAGCAAGACUGGGAAGAUGCAAUUGUUUGGGGAAAUUCACCCACAGCUAGUCAUGGGUGCUCAGAGAGUUGUGUGAUAUCUGAACUUAGUGCAGGAAUUAAUACUGACGCUGAAGUAGAAGAUAGACAUGCACAUAAAACCAUUGAGUGUGACAAUAAGGAUAAUCAUCUGCUUAUUGAUCCGGUUUUAGUCGAGCCAUUUGGUUCAAAAAAAGAAGUUUCAGAAUCAACAUGCCGUUCCUCAUAUUGUGAUUAUCACCCUCAGUUGCUGAGGUUAGAGUCCCUCCAUGAAAAGAAUGAUGUGCCUUCUGUAGAAAUGGACAAGGAGAAUCAAACUGAAGGAAGCCGCAGAGGUGACAUAAUGCAUCGCUUUAAUAAACUUUCCUUGCAGAAUAAGGACUUGUUAGAUGGAUCUUGGCUGGACCAAGUUAUCUGGGACCCUGAUGAUGCUAUUCCGAAGCCAAAGCUCAUUCUUGAUCUUCAAGAUGAGCAAAUGCUCUUUGAAAUUUUUGAUCACAAGGAUAGUGAACAUAUUUGCUCUCAUGCUGGUGCUAUGGUGAUGAUGCGCCCGCCAAGUUAUUAUCUAGGAGAUUCUUUUGAUCUUCAUAAUCAGGGAAUGCCGUCUGUUGGUCGCUUCAACAUUUCUAAUGACAAAUAUUAUUCUAACAGGAAAACCUCCCAGCAGGCAAAAUCUCAUACAAAAAAACGAUCUUUCCAUGGGAUUAAGGUCAUGCAUUCAAUUCCUGCUUUGAAACUACAAACUAUGAAGCCCAAGUUGAGCAACAAGGAUAUUGCCAAUUUUCACAGACCUAAAGCAUUGUGGUAUCCUCAUGAUAAUGAAGCUAUGGCCAAGGCAAAAGGAAUGCUUUGCACAAGUGGGCUCAUAAAAAUUAUAAUUAUCAGUUUGGGUGGAGGAAAAGGGGUAAAGCUUCAUAUUAAUGCAGAUGAAACUUUGUCUACUAUCAAAUCGAAAGCAUCAAAGAAACUAGAUUUCAAACCUUCAGAAAAGGUGAAGGUCUUUUAUUCUGGAAAAGAGCUUAAGGAUGACAAGUCCCUGGCACUCCAAAAUGUACAUCCAAAUUCUGUGCUUCAUCUUGUGCGCACAAAGGUUCAUCUUUGGCCAAGGGCCCAAAAGUUGCCUGGUGAGAAUAAGCCUCUGCGUCCGCCUGGGGCUUUUAAGAAGAAAUCUGACUUAUCUGUGAAAGAUGGGCAUGUUUUUCUGAUGGAGUACUGUGAAGAAAAACCUUUAUUGCUUGGAAAUGUUGGUAUGGGGGCUAGAUUGUGCACUUAUUACCAAAAAAUGGCACCUGGUGACCAAACUGCUUCAACGCUUCGAAAUGGCAAUGAUGGCUUGGGGACUGUUCUCCCACUUGAGCCUUCCGAUAAAUCUCCUUUUCUUGGGGAUGUGGGUCCUGGUUGCAGCCAAUCUUGUCUUGAAACAAAUAUGUAUCGUGCACCGCUAUUUCCCCACAAGUCAUCUUCCACAGAUUAUCUUUUAGUUCGCUCAGCAAAAGGGAUGUUGUCACUUCGGCGCAUUGAUAAAUUAUAUUCUGUUGGACAACAGGAACCUCACAUGGAAGUAUUGUCACCAGGAUCAAAAAGCAUUCAAACAUAUCUUCUGAACAGAAUGUUAGUAUAUGUCUACCGAGAGUUUCGUGCCAAUGAGAAACCAGAUAUCCUUCCUCUUAUUCGGGCUGAUGAUUUGGCGUCAAAGUUUCCUGGUCUGACAGAUGCUAUUGUACGUAAACGAUUGAAGCAUUGUGCAGACUUAAGGAAGGGGAAAAAUGGUAUGUUAGUUUGGGUUAAAAGACAUGAUUUUCGUAUUCCAUUGGAGGAUGAAUUGCGAAGAAUGUUGUCACCAGAGAACGUGUGCUCUUAUGAAAGUAUGCAAGCUGGCCUAUACCGGCUCAAACGCUUAGGAAUUAGCAGGCUUACCCAUCCUGUUGGCCUUUCUUCUGCAAUGAACCAGCUGCCUGAUGAAGCUAUUGCUCUAGCUGCUGCAUCACAUAUUGAAAGGGAACUGCAGAUAACACCAUGGAAUCUUACCAGCAAUUUUGUCGCUUGUACAAACCAGGAUAAGGAGAAUAUUGAGCGAUUGGAAAUUACAGGUGUUGGUGAUCCUUCUGGUCGUGGAUUAGGAUUUAGCUAUGUUCGUGCGAUUCCAAAGGCUCCCAUUUCAAACACAACAAUGAAGAAAAAGGCAGCUUCUGCAAAAGUAGGUUCAACAGUCACUGGCACAGAUGCUGAUCUGAGAAGAUUGAGUAUGGAUGCUGCACGUGAGGUAUAG